AUGGAUAAAUUAGAAUCCAUGCGCCAACAAUAUGAAAUUCUUUUAAAAGUAAAAGAUUUAGAAAUAAAUACACAGGUAGAUUUAAUUCGUCAGAAAGAAUUGGAAUUAUCUAAAAAGGAUGAAGAAGGAAAUAAGAAAACUGAAUUAUUGACAAAUAAAAUUAAAGAGAUGGAAAUUAAGCUUGAAAUAGAGACAAAAGAUGUAAUUAUUUAUAGAUUACAGAUUGUUGAAAUAUUACUUUUUAUAUUAAAUGAUUUAAAUAUAUACUUUCAGGAUGGUAAAUUACGUGCUAUGUUAACAGAUCAAAAUGCAAUAAUGAGACAAGAAUUUGAUAAGAUGAGAAGUGAAAUGGAACUUGUAUCUCAAAAUCAAAAUGAGAAUUUAGUUUCUAAAAUGAUAACAUUGAAGAAGACUAUAUUAAAGCUUCAAAAAUCGAAAGACAAACUUGCAUAUGAUUAUGAAAAAAAAAUUAACCAUAUCGUUAAGAACAAAGAUUUGGAAAUUAAGUCAUUGCAUAUACAAUUUCAAGGACAGAAGACUGACUUAUGCACAUCCUUGUGUUCAGAAAAACAAUACGAAUUAAAUUCUCUUGUUGAUUCAUUAGAAGAAAAAUAUAAACUGCUUCUUAUAGCAGCUGAUGCAACAGCUGAAAAUCAGCGUCAGAAUUACCUUAAGGUAAUUGAUUUGUGUAAUUAUAUGCUUUAAUCAUUGAAUGCUUAUACAAAUAUUUCUUUUUUACUUACCCAACAUUUUUUAAUAUAUAUAUAUUUUUUUUUAUUAAAAAUAUCUU